AUGAGCCAACGCUAUCGUUAUCGCAACAAAGUGUUCUCCCAAUACGGAGAUGAUGUGUACAGAGCAUACUUUAGAAAUGGAGAACCCUCGUGGGUGCAUGCCAAAGUUUUCAGAUCUCACCCUCACCUCGAAAACCGAGUUUUCGAGAAUCCGGAUGAAGCUUGGCCACUUUGUGUAAACUUAAAGGAAUUUGAUGACAAUGUUGGGAAUGCUGUCAUCCAUUUCCUUUACACAGGUACUUACAAGUGCCCUAAAGCUUGUGUUCCUAGGUUGGUCGAAUUAAACCAAUGCGGGUUCGCAGAAUGCCUUCAGGUCUACAUUGCCGCAUUGUCUCUCGACCUAUGGAGCUUACACAGGCAUGCAGAGCAAGAGGCCAAAAUCUUGAGUGACAAAAUGAGCCUUCGAAACAUAUUCGAUGUCAUCGAGGAUCUGAAAAUAGGGUUGGACAAAAUCCCGGCCAUUAAAGAAUACCUGCAAAACCGCAUGGAACAAGCAAAGUUCGGCGCACCGGGAGCCACGACAAACAGCGUACUACGUGACCUUGCAUCCGCAGACACCCUCAGUACGCUUACACUCAAAACCAUGGUCCUGCAACACCAACGCGCAGUUAAAGAAGGAAAGAAGAAAAAGACCGAACCAGUGGCAGGUGACCACGUAUCGAUGCAUCAUCAGCCAGGGGUGGUACUUCAGACGGGAGGCCAGUCGGGUCUGCAGCUUAUGGAAUGUGAGUUGGAGUCUCUGUUGAUAAAGAGGGCGAGCCGAGGAGGAAAGCUUGUCAAGUCUGACCGAACACGUAUGAGGUCUCUGAAAGCAAAAAUCAUGAGACUGCGUGAUCUGAGCAAUGGUAAAGACAUCCCUAGCGACGAAGAAGGUAUCGGUCACUCCUCGACAGGAAAUGCCCAGGCAUCCAGGGUCGCAGUGGCCAACCAGGACCGAAGCAAGCUGGUGACCGGAUGUGCAGAGAAGUCCACAGAUACUUCUGAAAACGAACAUCAACAUGAUACAGAUGGAGUAAAGCCAGACAAUACUGUUGCGGAAUGGUCGGGUCGCAAGGAAAGUUCUAACCCCUUUUAUGUUGGUGACUCUGAAUCAUUUGAGAUCGAUAUAUGUAUCUCGCCGAAAUCAUCUGCAUGGAUGACGCCGAGUUCCAACAGCAGCUUUUGGGAUGCAUAG